AUGAAGAUCAUGCGUUUCCGUUUGAGGCUCGCAGAACUGACAGGAGUGCAAUCUGGCUUGCCACCAGAGCAGGCCUGGGGUGGCGAAAUCCGUACAACAGCCUUGCAGCUUCAAAAGGCCCUGCAGGUCUCAGCCGAGUAUGUUUUUACUCAAUCUCCCUUGGACGUUGUCUGGAAAAGCGGCUCUGCGCCGAAAGCAAUUGCAUGGAAGUCUUCGUGUUGGUUCUCAAAAUCGCCCGAACAGACACCACAAGAGAAAGACCUACACACCGUUGGGUUCCAGAUGUACAACAGAGAUGGCAAAUGGAGCAUCAGCAGCCAUCAGCUCCAGGCUGUGUUGGGAUUGUGGUCUUGGUCACUAAAACGGUCAGAGCUCCUUGGUCCCACAGCUGAGGAACAGUUGAUCCGCAGCGAAAUGAUCGUCGUUGAGAAGUCGAAAAGCGAAAAUAUCGAGACAGCAUUGUAUCUCUGGGUUACCCAGACACGGCAAGUACGGGAUUACGGAACCGUGGACGCUAUAUCAAGACCAGACAACCUGUCGAUACCAACAUCUAGCCUCCUCAGCAGAGCCCAAUCGUCAAAACAAAGCUCUGACGCCCCCGGACAAAGGGUUACGUCCAAUACAGACGGACUCACAAUAUUGGGCAUCCCGACAAAUGGGAGUACGUCCUUAUUGCAAUUGAUGGCCCAGGACGUCUACACUGUUUUUAUCAACAGGAUAGUCGACAUCAUCGGAGAGCUGCACGGUGUCGGGGACGGAGACGACUACUUGAAAAUGCAAGGUCAUUCCGUGUCGACCAGUUCCCGGGCUACGCCUUGGCUUGGGCUCUCCGAUCCUCACAUUGACGCACUUGCCGGUGCCCUCAGCUCAGCUGGCGUGGAUACACGAGAGGAGGCACUUAUGAGCAUUGUCCCAGCAUUUCUGCUCAAGAUGAAGCUGCCGCUUCUAGAGGAUGAUGUUGUGGAGAGUCUGCUGGACCGGGCCAAGUACCUCCGGCGGAACUCGAAAUUCCGAGACGGGGCUGCUAUAAUCAUCUGGAUACUUUCCAGAUAUCCGGGCAGGUCUUAUAAGCGGGCUCUCCGAUGCUUAGGUGACUUGUAUCGAAGAGCGAGUGGGUCAACGAACGGAAUUGACCAGCAAUUUGGCCUGACUGGGAUGCGGGACAUGAUGAAGCGCCAUUCUGCACUCGCCUCGGACCAUCAAAUCGAAGAUAUCUUCACGUGCUAUGAGCAUUUGUACUCGACUUUCACCUUUGGACCCGUUCUACAGAAAGAAUUUAACUACCAAGACUUCCAAAAUACUCUUGAACAGUGCAUACGACGCAAAAGAAUCAAAGAGCUGGCAGGUCGAGUAAAGCUUGAACUUGCAUUAAACACGACUUUUCGCUAUUCUCUCACCGGAUCCAAACAAUGUGAUCUCCUUCGACUUUUGGUAUGGGCCAUCGAAAAUGAUUUUCCAGAAUUGGUUGAAGAUCUUUGGCUGAUUGCUGGGUCACCAAAAGAUGAGUCUGGGAAGUCGCCAGUGCGCAUCGCCUUAGACCACAAAUGUGAGCUGGAAACAUUUCACUCUCUCCUGGACUGGCCAAAGAUGAACGUCGAUGAUGUGGUCGGUGAGACUACUUUUGGUUAUUCUUCAGAAACGCCCUUGAUAUAUGCGAUUCAAACCAAUCUUCCAGACGUGGUGCGUUCGAUUCUCAGAAGAGGCGCAAAUUUGCAUCUACGCGACAGAUCCGGAAUGACACCACUACUUCAUGCCGCUUCUCAAAUCAAUGAGAUCGCCAUCCGGGUUCGUUUUGACAGAGGUGAUGAGGAUCGAGUAGCGCUACAUUAUGAUGCCAUGGGAAACAGCAAGGCAGUCGUACAGCUUCUGGUUGAAAAAGGUGCUGAGAUCCAUGGGAAAGACAGGUGGGGCAAAACAGCGCUGCAUUACGCUGCUGAAGCAGGAGAUGAGGCUGUUAUACGGCUUUUGCUUGAAAACGGAGCUGGAGUUCGUGAGAAAGACAAUGAGGGCUGCACACCGCUGCGUCUUGCUUUCGCUUCUACUCCUAGAUUGAACGUCGCCAAGGUUACUCAGCUUCUGCUAAAAAGCGGGGCUGGGGUUCGUGAGAAAGACAAUGAGGGCUGCACACCGCUGCAUCUUGCUGCUGCUGGCUGGACCAGUGAGGAAGUUAUUCGGCUUCUAAUCAAAAAUGGUGCCGAUGUGUCUGAGGAAGACAGAGACGGCCGAACAGCGUUGCAUGUUGCUGCUCAACAUGGUCACCGAAGUACCUUGCAGCUACUGCUUGAAAAGAGUGCUGAAAUCGGAUCGGUGCGUGAUCAUGGCUGGUCGUCACUGUGGUCUGUUAUUCGGGACGAUGAAGAAAUGGCGCAAUUGCUAGAGGGAAAGGGCAUCGAGAAACCUUUGGAUGAGGGGAGGAAGGAGCGAGAACAGGGACAAGAAGAGGAGGGAAAAUACACUCUGGGGUGA